UACCAAGUAGCGUAUGUAAUCAUUAAAGCAGCCAAUUCACCGCGGCCUGGGAACUGGAUCCUGGAACGCUCUUUAGACGGGGAAAUGUACAAGCCCUGGCAGUACUUUGCCAUUUCAGACAGCGAGUGCGUGAAAGAGUACGGGAUCGUUCCUUCGCGGGAUAUGCACCGCUUCUCACGGGAUGAUGAGGUCACGUGUACAUCGCUGUACUCCAAACUGGAGCCACUUGAGAACGGCGAGAUACACUCAUCAAUCGUCAAUGGGAGACCUACUGCUACAAAUCCAAGCCAGGUUUUAAUAGAAUUUACAUCAGCUCGUUUCAUUAGACUUCGCCUUCAACAGAUCCGAACGUUACAUGCUGACCUUAUGACCUUUUACAGCCGCGGUAUACGAUACGUCGAUCCUAUAGUCUCAAGGAGGUACUAUUAUUCAAUCAAGGACAUAUCAGUUGGAGGGCAGUGUAUAUGUUUUGGUCAUGCUGAGCAAUGUAUAUUAAAUGCUUUUGCUGGACCAAAUGAUAUGGCAUUGAAAUGUAUAUGUGAACAUAACACCUGUGGUGAUCAGUGUAACCAAUGCUGUAGGGGUUUUCAGCAAUUUCCAUGGCGACCAGGCAACGCUGACUUUGGCAAUAGUUGCAGACCAUGUAAUUGUCAUGGACAUGCCGAUGACUGUUACUACGAUGCCAAGGUCAACGCCCAGAGCCUUAGCAUCGACGAGAAUGGGAAUUACAAUGGGGGAGGAGUUUGUGUAGGUUGCCGUGACAACACGGAUGGACUCAAUUGCCAGACGUGCCGAGAUGGCUUCUACCGCCCUCUUGGGGUCGAGCCCACAGAUCCUGCACCAUGUAGUGCGUGCAUAUGCAGCCGUGUUGGUACAGAUCCAGAGUCUAACUAUAACUGUGUCAAGGAUGAGAGGAGCCAGAGUAACAUGAAUCCAGGAGACUGUUUUUGUAAGGAGGGAUACGCUGGCCCGAGCUGUGACAGGUGCGCCCGUGGAUACCGUGGGUACCCGGAUUGUGAGAAGUGCGAGUGCAGUGAUGCUGGUAGCUCUAACGUGGACCCUUGUGAAGGACCAUGCGAAUGCAAGCCCAAUGUAGAAGGAUCUAAUUGUGACACAUGUAAGAGAGGAUUCUUCAACCUUGUAGGUGAUAACCCUGAUGGAUGUGGACAGUGCUACUGUUUUGGUAUCACCACAGAGUGUACAAGUGUUCCAUGGGGAAUUGAACAGGUAACCACACUCUCUGGUUGGUUUGUGACUAACCUAGAACGUUCAUCCUAUGCAUUCCCUGAUACCACCGGUACUGACAUGCUAGCAAUCAACCAUUACAAGGCAUUGGAAGACCUGGGAAACACAGGCUACUAUUGGUUUGCCUCCACGGAAUAUCUUGGUAACAAGCUUUCAUCCCAUGGAGGCUACCUUACAUUCUCCGUGAGUUAUAGCAUACAGAGAGGAGAUAUAUACCAACAACCAACCAGGGAUGCAGAUGUCGUCAUAGAGGGUGACCGUCUCCUGCUCUACCAGAGCUUCCUGUACCUGCAGCCGGAAGAAGAACGCACAGCGAGGAUCCAGAUGGCUGCUGGGAACUGGUUUGUCAUGACCUCGGACGUUGACCUCUCAACCGGGGUCAUGGGUCGAAGGGCGACCUCUGAAGAGUUCAUGAGGGUGCUGGCUGAUGUGAGGAUGCUCCUGAUAAGGGCCUCGUAUAACACUAGGCCAAGAGAAUCAAGGUAUAUAGUUAUUUUCAGUUCAUUGAGGUGGGGAUGAUGAUGAUGAUGAUGGUGAUAGUGAUGGUGAUGAUGAUGAGGAUGAUGAUAAUAAUGAUGAUGAUGAUGAGGAUGAUGAAGAUGAUGAUAAUAAUAAUAAUAAGACAUUUAUAAUGCGCAAAACAUAUCCACCCUAUUAGGGGUGCUCAAGGCGCUUACAAUAAACUUAACUCACUACUGGUACAACUUACAAUUUGGCCAUUAGAUAAGUUUUCAAACUGGCCUUGAAAUGUUCUACUUAUCUACAGUCUUUUAGUUUAGUUGGAAGAUUGUUCCAUAGACGGGGAGCUGCUGAUGCAAAUGCACGAUCUCCCCAUGACCGUCUGGUUUUGGGAAUAGAGAGAUCGAGAGAAGAAGUCUUAGAAGAGCGAAGACCAGAGCGACCAGGUUUGCGAAAAUCAAGAAGAGAUGAGAUGUAUUCUGGUGAAGAGAAGGUCAGCGCACGAUAUGCUAUCAGAAGAAUUUUAUAGGUGAUACGAUGUUGAACAGGAAGCCAAUGAAGGGACUUAAGGACUGGUGUGAUACGGGAAGACCUCCGCGUAUAGGUAACUAGACGUGCAGCGGCAUUCUGAACAAGUUGGAGCCUCUUUACUUGAGACAAGGGAAUGCCGUACAACAAAGAGUUACAGUGCCGGCCGCGGGAAACGUCACAGUGCCCCCUAGGGCGAACGCGGUAGCCCGUAGCGGACAUUCGAGGGGAGCGGACGAGGGAAGACGCCCGCGUCCGCUCCCCUAGGACAUGAGUGCCCUAGGGGAGUGCCCGCGUCUAUCCUAGGGUGUUUCCCUGGGAUGUUCGGCCGUGCAUUCUUGGUCGAAAGAGGAGGUCUGAUUUGACACAUUCGUUCAAGACUGCAUGUGAUUUUUAUCUCGUAUCAAGCAUAAGUUUUCGAUCAUUUAUCGUGGAUAAAAUCUGUUAUGAAAAUUACAAAGUUUUGGGUUGAUAACUGGGAUAUUAGGCUUUUUCACCGAAUGACUUAUUGUGUUCGAUUACACACUGGCACCAGCGUAAAGGGUCCUUUCCUAUGAAUAUUCUUCCCGCGGUGUCCGUUAUUUCAUUCACUGACAUGGUUAGUCGUGAUCGUAAAUGAGUUUCUGACAAAGGAGCAGGUAUUUGUCGAUGUUGACCCUACAUUCCGGAGGUCGUCCUAGAACUAUUUACUCUUCUUUCCCUGCAUGGUCAUCCUUUUUUAUAUACCCUGACAUGCCUUUCAGGCGCGGAUCUACGAGAUGCAGAUAAAAGGGAGAAGAAGAAAGCAAAAAUGAAAGAAAAUGCGAAAAGGAAGGGAUGGAUUGAAGACGAGAAGGAAAGAGAUAAGAGAAAUAGAAAAAGUGAGAGAAGGGGAAAGGGGAGAAAGAGAAAAUAGAGGAGGGGGGGGGGGGCGAAGAGGAGAAAGAGGGAGAGGGGUAAAGAAAAGAAAUAAGGAAAAGGUGAAAUGGAGAAGAAAACAGAGGGGAUAAAAAAAGGGAAGGUGAGACAGAAAGAAAAGAGGGAAAAGGAGAAAAGGAAAAUAGAUUGAAAAUCGAAGGGGAGAAGAAGAGACAAAGGAAGAAAAGGAAGAAGGACAUAAUGAGAAAGAGAGAAGGAUAAGGAGGGGAAAAUUAAAUAAAAUGAAGAAGGGAGACAUAAUAAAAUGGAGUAAAAAAGCGGAGGAGGGAAGGGAAGGAAGGAUGCAGGAAAAGGUAAGAAGUACAGGGGACAAAAGAAGUGGGACUUAAGAAAAAGUAGAGGAAAAGAGAGAAAGCGGUAAGAAAAAUUUGGGAAAUGGUCCAGUUUUUCAUGUCAGAAAAUCCUUUAGUAACUCGCAUCUGCCUAUUUUUACGCUGAUGACAAGUAUUAAAUAUUCUUGCGCUUAAUCUUGUAAUUAUUUUCUCUCACCAUGCUCACAAUUUCCUGCUCUCGUUGCAUCAAUUAAAAACUUGUCCCGAAUUAACAUCCGC